AUGUCAACAAUGAAAGCAAUCCAAAUCCACACCUACAACGAACCCUAUAAAGUCCACAAUGGCAUCUUAAUCCCAUCCCCAAAACUCCACCAAGUCCUUAUCCGCAUCAAAGCUGCGGGUUUUUGCCACACGGACCUGAUGGCGCUGAACGGAGAGUUCGGCACGACACUCCCAUUUAUUGGGUCCCAUGAGCCGGCGGGGGUUGUUGUGGACGUUGGUGGUGAUGUGAAGGGGUUUGAGAAGGGGGAUCGCGUGGGGUGUAUUAAUUUUGAUAGUGUUUGUGGGAAAUGCCCAGACUGCAAAGCCGGUCUGCCUAUUUACUGCGAUAACCCGUUAAUGAAAGGUAUAACGACCGACGGUGCUUGGGCGGAGUAUAUGGUUGCCGACGCCCGUUUCAUGGUCAAACUGCCCGACGACAUGGACUUCAAAAUCGCUGCUCCGCUGAUGUGCGCGGGAAUCAGUAUCUACGGGGGUAUUGUGCGCGCGGAGGUGCCCAAGGGCGGGUCGAUUGGUAUCAUUGGAAUCGGCGGAUUGGGCCAUAUUGGGACGCAGGUUGCUAAGUGCAUGGGCUACCAAGUCGCAGCAAUCGACAUCAAACAACCCGCUCUCGACUCCGUAGCAUCCUACACCCACAAACCCGACGCUCUAAUCCUCUCCAACGACCCAGUCGAAACAUCUCUCUCAAAAAUCAACAAAAUCACCGCCAACGAAUACGGCUACCCGGGCCUCGAUGCCACAAUUCUAGCAACAGACCAUCCCGCCGCCUUUGAAACGGCCGCAGCGCUUACCCGCAAACACGGGACGAUGGUGUUGUUAGGACAGCCUGAGAAGGGGAUUACCAUGUCGUAUCUCACUACGAUAUACAAGAAUAUUAAGUUGGUGGGGUCAUUGGUUGCGGAUACGCAGCAGGCGGAGGAGUUGGUUAGGUUGGUUCAUGAGAAUGGGUUGCACAUUGAUGUUAAGGAGUGGAAGAUGGAGGAAGCAGAGGAGAUGAGGCAGGCGUAUUUGAAUGGGACGACGAGUGGGAAGAAUGUUAUUGUUAUUGACUAG